AUGGCUUUGAGGGUUCUAACCAGAACCAUACUUACCCGCUUCACAUUCACUUUAAACCCCAAACAAAACCCAUCUCUCCUCCACCAAAAGUUCCAAUCUUUCUCAUCAAACCCCAGAUUUUCCCAGCAAAUUUCCAAUCUACUCCAAAGGUACGGCUUCCCAUCCUCCAUUGUUCACAGUUUCAUAUCAAAGAAUCAAUUUUUACUCAAUUCAGAAUUUCAUGAGUUAGAGAAGUCUCUGGUUAUUCUUUUGUCAUUCAAAAUUGAUCAGAAUUCCCUUGUUUCAUUGAUAUGUGAUUGCCCUGGUGUUUUGGAUUUUGAGUUUCUUAAGAAAUGGGAAUUGGGUUUUUCAAAUUUGGGGAUUUUAGGUGCUUCCCCAUUGAUGAUCAAGAGUGUUUUGGAACAUUCUAGGAGGUUUCAGAUUGACCCAGAUGGUGUUUUUGGGAGUGUGGAGGCUUUGAGGGGUUUAGGGUUUAAGGAUGGUACUGUGUGUAGGGUUUUAGAGGGGUUUCCAGGGGUGGUGUUGAUGAAUGAGAGGGAGAUAGGUAAGAGAGUUGAGUUCUUGGUGGGAUUUGGGAUUCCGAGGAAUGGAAUUGAUCGGGUUCUUUGUUGUUUUCCAGGGGUUUUAGGAUUUGGGGUUGAAGAUAGAUUGAAGCCAUUGCUUUGUGAGUUUAAAGAUUUUGGCUUUGGUAAGGAUGUUAUCAGGAGGGAGAUUGUUAGAGAGCCAAGAGUUCUAGGCAUGGAAUUGGGUGAAGUUUCGUGGUGUUUGGAAUGGUUGAGGACUUUGAAAUGUAGGGAACCUAUCAAGGAGAAGAUUUACAGUAAUGGAGAAUUCCGAGCUGGCUUUGAGGUGAAGUUGAGAGUUGACUGCUUGUGCAAACAUGGGUUGAUACGUAGGGAGGCUUUUGAGGUGUUGUGGAAGGAGCCGAGGUCAAUCAUAUAUGAUGUAAAGGACAUUGAGAGGAAGAUUGAGUUUUUAACACAGAAGAUGAAAUUCAAUAUUCGUUGUUUGGUUGAAGUUCCGGAGUACUUGGGUGUGAAUUUUAGGAAGCAAAUCCUUCCUCGGUUCAAUGUGAUAGAGCAUUUGCGAUCAAAAGGUGGGCUUGGUUGCGAUGUGGGGUUAAAGGGUCUGAUCAAGCCUAGCAGGCUUAAAUUCUAUAACCUGUAUGUGAAGCCAUAUCCGGACUGUGAGAAGAUAUUUGGAAGACUUUCAGGAGAUGGUAAAGUACGAAACCAACAUCCUGCUGGACUAUGGAAACUAUUUAAGCCACCAAGUUAUCCAGAAUCGAAUGAUGAUGUGAGGAACACAAAGUCAUUUAUGGAAUCACUAGGUCAUUGAUUAUACCAACGAUUUUAUCAGAUGGACUUCUGCAUCUUGUAAUAUGGGAAUGGGUAGCAUAAUUGUUUAAUGUCAUGAAUUCUUCUUUGGGUGCAUAGAGAACAUACUCGACGGUAUUUGGCAGUUGCCUUUCAAUUUGGGUACAUACUGCUGAUACAUGAGUGACUGAUAUCUUUCAAACUAAAGAGGUGGUUUUGGGCAGAAAGAUUGAACAAGACAUGCAAGAAAGUGAACUGAAGGGCUGGGAUUCUUAAAUUCUUUUGGUUUUAGAAACUAGAAGUGAUAUAAGUCAACCCUUUGC